UGAUUCAUCCUCGUUUUGAACCCGGUUAGAUGUCGGCCAUUUUGAUUAUGUCUACCAGCACGUAAAAAACGGCAUGAAAAUAUGGUUUCUAUAUGAAGUGAGAAAUAUCGAAAAUUUGGUAUCGAGAAUCAUACUUUCCGCACUUUACAUUAACCUUCUUUCCUGUAUUAUAUGCGUAUUACGUAGUACAUGGUGAGAUUCGAGGCACGCUUUGUCGUGCUUAAACCAGAUUUUUCGGGUCUUUAGUAUAGGUGUUCAUAGUCGUACAUAAUUAAAAGAAGAUUCUGAAAAUAUUGAAAUACCCCGUGCCAUUAAAAGUGUGUCAACAUUUGACAAGGAAAUUGUAUCGACGUAGCAAUCACCUGCAGCAGUUACAACGCUGCAAUUCUAACAGCCCCACCAUGCCGACGGCAAGCCGAGCACGAGUGUAUGCUGAUGUAAACAAUCACCGUCCUCGUGAAUAUUGGGACUAUGAGUCUCACGUUGUGGAAUGGGGGCAGCAGGAUGACUAUCAGAUUGUGAGGAAGCUUGGUCGAGGGAAGUACAGUGAGGUUUUUGAGGCCAUCAAUGUCACAAAUAAUGAAAAAUGUGUCAUCAAAAUAUUAAAGCCAGUGAAAAAGAAGAAAAUCAAAAGGGAAAUUAAAAUAUUAGAGAAUUUGCGAGGUGGCACUAAUGUUAUAGCAUUAUUGGCCAUUGUAAAGGACCCUGUGUCAAGAACACCAGCACUUGUCUUCGAGCACAUCAACAACACAGAUUUCAAGCAACUGUACCAGACCUUUACAGAUUACGAUAUAAGAUUCUACUUGUAUGAAUUACUAAAGGCUCUAGACUAUUGUCACAGUAUGGGUAUCAUGCAUAGGGAUGUUAAGCCACACAACGUGAUGAUAGACCAUGAAAACAGAAAGUUGAGGUUGAUAGACUGGGGUCUGGCUGAGUUCUACCAUCCAGCCAUGGAGUACAAUGUCCGUGUUGCCUCCAGAUACUUCAAAGGUCCAGAGCUGCUUCUAGAUUAUCAGAUGUAUGACUAUUCACUAGACAUGUGGAGUUUAGGUUGCAUGUUUGCCAGCAUGAUCUUCAGAAAGGAGCCAUUCUUUCACGGGCAUGACAACUAUGAUCAAUUGGUUCGAAUAGCAAAGGUUCUUGGCACUGAUGAUCUAUACGCGUACAUUGAAAAAUACCAGAUAGACUUAGACCCCAGGUUUAAUGACAUACUUGGAAGGCAUUCUCGUAAGAGGUGGGAGCGGUUUGUUCACAGUGAGAACCAGCACCUGGUGUCCCCAGAGGCCCUGGACUACCUGGACAAGCUGCUGCGCUAUGACCACCAGGAGAGGCUCACCGCCAGGGAAGCCAUGGAACAUCCAUACUUCUACCCAAUAGUGAAGGAACAAGGUCGUAUGGCGUCCAUGUCGGGGCACAACUCCCCGCCUGUGCCAACCUCAGGACAAGUUGGAGCGACUGGCACUGACAUGAGAAGAGGCAGCGUAAACUCUUCUGUAGCAGUGUCGGCCACUCCUGUCCUUGCUGGGGUUAUCUCCUCUCUACCAAACAGUGCUACUGCUUCAGCCCAGUCUUAGAACACACUUGUGCUGACAUUUACAGAGCUUAUUACUAUAGCAAUGUGUGUCUGUUGUCACUCCUAUCAACUUGAGUUGCUACUUCAGUCACCGUCACUAUCAGUAUUGACUAUGUGCUGUAAUUUAUAAAGAUCAUAAUUAUACAUGUACCGCUAUAAUAAGGUGACCUGCAAAUUUCUAAAUUGUGCAGUCCAGUUUAUGUUGUCAUUGUUAUGCAGCUUAAAACAGUAGCUUGAUUUGGAUUACAUCAUUUUAAAUGCAAAGAUUAUCUGUCUGAGGAAUGUGAGAAACAAUAAUAUAAAGGCAUGGCCAUGAAUAUGAUUAUGUUUCAUCUUCACUAUUCACCCAAUCUUCCAACCUAUACUUCUCACCCAAAUGUUGGCGUACAUAUAUUGCUAUGGUGAAUGUAAACUUGCAACAUUUUAAUCACUGUUUCUAGACAGGCAUUCAACUAAAAAUUCAUUUUGUGUUUUGGGGUUACUGUUUGAGGUCACUGACCAAUUUCCAUAACUCUGACCUGCAAUUAAGCACAAUUAUCCGCUUUUUGUACUUAAAAAAUUUUGGUAAGCAUUUGUAUUGAACAACUAUCUAUAGAUGAAAAGCAGACCUAGUAUAGAGUUUCAUUUAGGGCUAUUUGGUUGAAGGUCAAGGCAACUGCUGUUUUCCUGAAUAACUUCAUUUAUAAUGUAUUGUACAGAUAUUGUGUGCGAAGUUGUUUACAAGCUGAUCCAGCGGGGAUUGUGUUUUGGGCCAGUGGCGUGAAGGUCACUUUUAAUAAAAAUAGACACAAGUGUUUCUGCUCUAUGACUUCAGUUUUAAUGCAGGUAUUGUACUGUAAUUUUGUUUGUAGGUAGCUUACAUGCAGAUCUAAGGUGGGUUUGCAUUUGGGGCCAGUUGGACCAAGUUAUGGUAACUGUUACUAAAAUAAAUAAAGUUUUUUUCUGCUCUAUGACUAGAGGUUGGAUGGAGGUAUUGUGUUGUGAAUUUGUUUGUUGGUAGCUUAGUUGCACAAUUUGCUUUCAAUCUAGAUUAAAUUCAACUAAAUACAAUGUUAAAUAGCUAAAAAUCUAUCUUUUGGCAUUUUUAUAUUUUUCGUUAUUUAUAAAUUUUCAUCUUUGAGUUCACAUAUACUAUUCUACUACUACUUCUACAGCUAUUAAACUUUAAAUUUGUCUUUGUGGUCGUUAUAACAGGUGACUAACAAAAUGUACACUUUACUAUCGAACUGGUAAAAUGUAGUCUAGAGUGCUUUCUUGGGAAAGCUUUUGAUUUGGAUUUUUAUGCCCCCGGAUCAAUUGAUUGGGGGUAUAUUGUUUUUGUCCUGUCUGUCAUUCUGUCCCAAAAUUUUUACCUUGGUCAUUACUUUUGCAUUAUUGAUGAUAGCAACUUGAUAUUUGGCAUGCAUGUGUAUCUCAUGGAGCUGCACAUUUUGAGUGGUGAAAGGUCAAGGUUAUCCUUCAAGUUCAAAUAUAUGGCUUCCAAGCAGCGCAGUAGGGGCCAUUGUGUUUCACAAACACAGCUCUUGUUUAUUUUUAUUGUUUGAAUGAUAUUUUGUACUGUAAGAAUGAGUUAACAGUUGAAAUUGUUCACAGUUUAUUAAAUGGAUGUUUUGCUCCACUGUGCACACCAUACUGUGUUGAGCUUUGUAAUUGUCUUUAAUAGUCAUUUGUCAUCAGCUUGUACCCAGUAAAAACUUCAUCAGCCACAUUGAUGGGUCAAUAAUCAUCAUACGUGCUUGCACUGUUUAUUUCAACUAUAUUUUGGAGGAAAUAGUUCAUAUCGAAAAGUACGAAAAUGAACCUGAUGAUGUUACAAGUACAGGAUCACAAGGAGUCACCAGACUUAAAAAGCAUGUAAAUGCGCUAAGAAAGUAGUUGUUCCUUUGUCACUUGGGUAAGUGAUGACGAACCUUGUGGCAUUCUUUUUGAAAUAUGAAAUUAUAGAGUCCUGCAGCAUUAUGGCAUGAGUAUUACAGAGUUAUUACAGCAUGGUUCCACCAGCUUCCAGCCACAGUUUGCUUAGCUCAUGCACUAUCCUGCUUUUGAGCGGCAGCUUCAGCUUGUAGUACUUGAUGUAUUAAUGGAUGUUCUAGACUUAAAUCAACAGUAAAAAUUCUAGUUUUUCAACUUGGAGCAAAUGUAUUUUGUGCAAUAUAUCUGACCUUUCAACAAAUGUGCAUGUGUUUUUGUGAGAAGUUAUCAUCCUGAAGUGUGGAUACUCUGUCAUUUUAAGUCGUAUUCAAGUAUGAACAGUUGGCUGCAAUAAUUUAGUAUUUCACCACAAGGUUUUCAUUAAACAAAGAUUAUUUUUCCAAAAGAUGCUUAACAGCUUUACAUCUGUUUGUCUGUAAAUAAACAUAUUUUUGCUUGUUAAGCAUGCAGGAGUGGCAGCAUCAAUAGAUUUCCAAACUGUCAUGAAUGGAACUAUAUGCAUAAUAUAUCCUUUACCCGACUCGAGUUUGCUCUUUUAUCAAAGUCCUUGUUGCUAUUAAGAGACCAAACGCAAUAUUGUAAUGGAACUCCAUUCGUAGAUACUCUAUACCAGUAGCUAGACAUUGCAUGAAGUAGCACAACCAUAUUGGGUAAGUGUGAUCACGGUCACUAGUUUUGAAAAUAAGAGACUUUAUUGCUUGAGAAUUAAUUUAGCUUUGUUUAAUACCAAAACAAAUGGUGUGUUUUAAAUUGCUGGUAUAUGUUGAAGAACAGUCUACUUGACUGUUCUCCUACUGCUCUUAUGUUUCCCUUUUAUUUUUACAGAAGCACCGGUAGCUGGUGUUUCACUGGUUGCUAACAAUCUUGGCAACGGCAACUGUUCCUUAAAAUAUCAAUUAAAAAAAACAGCUCAAAAAUGCCCUUUUAAGUUCUUAGUAGCGGAGUACUUUAAAAUAUAACUGGCUUGCUACUCAAUUUUGUUUUUGGAGAACACUGGUACAUGUCUGUGUGGAUUAACAAUUAACCAACAUUGUUUAUUUGUCCUGUUAGAAUUGAGGUAUAUCGCUCCAACUUUUUUCUUUUCUAAUGUUCUCAAUUCUUUUUUUCAUGCUUUUAAGUGUUUUAAGAUCACCUGAGCACAGAAUGCUCAUGUUGAGCUAUUGGGAUACAGAGAUGUCUGUCAUCUGUCAGUCCAUCAACAUUUUCUUCCCACCUUAUUUCUUGAACCCAUGGGCAGAAUUUCACAGGAAUGUUGCAUGGGUGGUCGUAUAUAAAAAAAUGUAUCAUCCCAGACUGUUGAUUAAUUAGGUCGUUAGACCCAAAAAGGGGAUGUUAAAAUUUGACUUCAAAAAUCUCAAACAGGUAUGUUACGUUAUACUGUGGCCCUCUACGAAGUUUGUUAACAUUAAUCUUCAGGUGUCUCAACUGGCCUCACUCUGGGGGUCACACAUUUUAAAUAGACUUAAAUUGGGAAAACCUUUUAAAAUAUCUAAAGUCCAAAUCUUUUAUAUUUGAUAUAUAAGCAUCAUCUUGAAAUCCUCCACAUCAUGCCCCUGGGAGUCAAAAGUGGCCUUAGUUCAGGAUCACCAGUUUGUCCUCUGGGACAGCAAGGUCCAGAGGUUUGAUAUUUAAUAAUGUCACAUCAGAUAGUGUUCCUCUACAAAGUUUGUUCAAAUUAUUUCCUUUAUGUCAAAUCUGGCCACGUGCCAUUUGUCUUUUAGUCUUUUAAUAUAGCAAAACAACUUAAAACAUUUUCUUCUUUAAAAUAACAAGGUUUGUAUGUGUUAUGUUUGGUACGUAAUAUCAGAUAGUGGUUCUCUGCUUAGAUAAUUAAAAUUAUGCCUCGGGGGCUAAAAUUGGCAACAUCCAUGUAGUGGUGUGGAAUGUUUUAUGUAGACUCGCUGUUUAACUUACUCCCCUGACAUGAAAAGUAGCCCAAACCAGGGGUCUAUCGCAUUUAACAGUUUUUCAGGUGAGCAUUUAAUGAUCAUUAGGGUCCUCUUGUUAAUUACAGGUUUUUAUUAAGUUCUAGGUUUGAUUUUGUGUAUGCAAAAUGUGGAGUUAAUAACAUGUUAGGAGACAACUAUCUUGGUGCUGCUAUGAAGACUUGCUAAUUUUUUAUAUGUUUUACUUAUUUGCAGGCUCUCAUUGGUUGUCAACUUGUAUUUCAAUUUAUCAUGUGUAUUAUGUUUUAAACUAUAUUAAUAUGACUGUAAGUUUAGUUAAAAAUCAUUAAAUGAAGGAUACAUGAUUGUUGUUAGGGGUAAUUUGUUCUAUGUUUUGCAUUUGAAUGGGCGCUGAUGUGCCUCUCAUAGUCUGUAAAGAAUGAAUGAUGAUGUGACUAUAGCUAAUAAAGUACUUUGUAAACUGAUUAAA